AUGGCGUCCUCGAUCACAUUCCCCUCCACUAUAUCUGUUUCGCUCUCCGACCUGGCCAAAAUGAUCGACCAUUCGCUCCUGCACCCAACAAUGACGGACAGCGAAAUUGCAGCCGGCCUCGCAAUCGCUGCAAAAUACAAAGUUGCCACCGCCUGCGUAAAGCCUUACUCUAUCCCACAAGCACUUGCUGCACUCAAAGGAACUGGGGUUGCUGUAUGUCCUGUCAUCGGAUUCCCUGCUGGCAACAGCACGACGGAAGUCAAAGUUUUCGAAGCAACAAAGGCUGCCCAGGCAGGUGGAAAGGAAAUCGACAUGGUGAUCAACAUCGGCAAAGCGUUAGGUGGGGAUUGGUCGUACGUGGAAUUGGAAAUCAAGGCUAUUAACGAAGCGGUCAUCGCGGAGGGGGCGAUUCUGAAAGUCAUUUUUGAGAAUGACUACCUAAAGGAAAUAGACAUUGUGAAGCUCUGCGAGAUCUGUAAUGAAGCUGGAGUCGCCUUUGUAAAGACGAGUACAGGGUAUGGAUUCGUGAAGCAACAGGAUGGAUCAUAUAAUUACAAAGGGGCCACUUUACCACAUCUGAAGCUGAUGAGAGAAAAUGCAAAGGAGGGAGUGCAGAUUAAGGCUGCUGGUGGGGUGCGGACGCUGGACGACUUGCUGAGGGUUAGGGCUUUAGGCGUUACGAGGGUAGGGGCCACGGCGACAGAAGCUAUUCUUGAGGAGGCGAAGAAAAGGGGAAUUGGGGAGGACAAGGUACAGGUAAAGGUUUUGCCGCCAAGUGAAGCGGCUCGAGGAGGAUAUUGA